AUGGAGCCAUCGUUGGUCGACGGCGGCGCGUCGCCGUUGCGCACGGGCGCCGUCGUGUGCCUGGCGCAGGUCGUCGACGGCGUGACCUACCGCCUGCGCAGCUCGCGCUGCUGCCAGCUCGGCUGCAGCUUCGCGCCGGCGCGCGACGGCUUCCGCGAGGACUUCCAGUUCCGCGUCGUCGCCGCGCGGUCCUUCCCCGCGGCGUCGGCGCGGCGGCGGCCGCCGCGGCACGGCGGCGAGGCCGGCGAGUCCGGCGCCGCGCCGCGGCCGCUGCGCUUCGGCGACCGCGUGGCCCUCGAGCGCGCAAGGGGCGGCGGCUUUUUAGCCGAGGGCGCCGACGCGUCCGACGCGUCGCCGGAGUGCCUGGGCCUGACCUUCGUCGACGGCGCCGCGCCCGGCGGUCGGGCGACCUUCUCGCUGGCGCCCGUCUACCGGUCGCAGCGCGACGGCGCGGCCGUCACCGACGGCGAGGAGGUGCUCCUCGUGUCGCGGGGCAAGUUCCGCCUCUCCGCCGAGGCCGUGGGCCUCCCCGGCGGCGGCGUCGCGCGCGAGGCCGUGCUGCGCCCCCAGGGCGCGCGGCCGCGGCCCCUCGACGGCACGCGGCUCGCGCUCGUGCCGCCGGCGCCGCGCGCCGCCGAGGGCCUCCGCUUCCGCGACGGCCAAGCGCUGGCCCUCUUCCACGAGGAGCACGCCCAGUUCCUCUCCGCGGACCCGCGCGGCCCGCUCCGGGCCCUGCGGCGCACGUUCCUCGGCGGCGCGGAGCCGUGCGGCGACUACGGCAGGCCGCUGCUCCCCGCGUGGAAAUCGACCGCCGGUUCGGGACGUCCCGACCAAACUUUGAAAUUGCCGACGGCCGCGGACCUGCGGCGCAUGUACAUGCAGCUCUUCUUCAACUUCGUCGUGGCGCUCCUGCUCCUCAACAUGGUCGCGGGCAUCAUCAUCGACACCUUCAGCCAGCUGAGCCAGGAGAGCCUCGAGGCGUCGAAGAUCAAGAUGAACGAGUGCUUCACGACGGGCCUCCACCGGUCGCAGUUCGAGACGCUCAAGGAGGUCGACUUCGACCUCGACCACAAGCCCCGCUGCGCCAUGCUCAACUACGUCCACUUCAUCGGCUACGUCAUGCACAAGGACUGCGUCAACGACUCGCCGCUCGAGCGCGCCGUCCGCGACAAGCUCCGCGACGGCGACGCGUCCUGGAUCCCGACGCUCACGUGGUUCUCCCUCGAGAACCACGGCCAGGCCGAGCGCGAGCAGGUCGGCGAGGACGAGCAGGUCCGCGCGCUCAUCGCGGACGUCGCCGCGCGGAGCGACGCGCGCCUCGACGCGCUCGCCGCCGCCGUCGCCAUCCUCGGCGGGUCGGGCUACGUGGGCCGCGAGGUCGCCAAGCGCUUCGUCACGCGCGGCUGGGAGGUGGCGUCGCUGUCGCGGCGCGGCGAGAACCCGGACGCGGGCGACGCGGAGCUCUCCUGCGUGGCCUGGACGGCGGGCGACGCGACGGACGCGGCCGCCGUGCGGUCCUUCGUCGGCGACGCGGACGCCGUCGUCCACUGCGUGGGCCUGCUCUUCGACGUCGAUUCGGGCCUCGCGAACCUGUCGCCCGUCGUCUCCGGCUCGAACUCGCAGCCCGGCGAGACGUCGACCUACGACCGCAUCACGCGCCUCACGGCCUUCAACGCCGUCGACGCGGCGGCGGACCGCCUCCGGCUGCCCUUCGCGCCGCGGACGCCGUUCGCGUUCGUGUCCUGCGCGGAGGCGGGCUGGCCCGACGUCAAGUGGGGCGACGUCGUCGAGGCGCGCGCCGCGCCCGAGUGGCUCCGGCGCUACCUCGCGGCGAAGCGCCUCGUCGAGGCGAAGCUCGGCGAGAGGAGCGACAAGAUCCGGCCCGUGAUCUUCCGGCCGUCGCUCAUCUGGUCCUGGGACAAGCUCGACGUCCUGCCCAUCAUCCCCGUCUUCAACCUCGCCUCGGCCCUUGGCGUGCCCUUCGUGGACCGCACGAUCCGCGUCGGGGCCCUCGCGGACGCCAUCGUCGAGGGCGUCUGCGCGGGCGACACGGAGGGCGUCCAGCGCUUCGCGGCCAUGGACGAGCUCUCCGACGCCUACGCCCGCAACAGCGCCUAG